GGGAACUUCCGCUUCCGGGGCGGGGGUCACCGCGAUGGCGGCGGCGGCGGCCCGGCGGCGGGCGGCGGCCUUCUUGCUUUCCUCUGCGGUGCGGCACCAGAGUUCCCAGAGCACGUCACUGCAGCAAGGACUUGUCGCCAAAACAUCUCUGACUUCACCCCCAUGGCCCGAAGUGAAACUUCCAGAUCCGGCAGAAGAAGCCAAGUAUCAUGCAGAAGUGGUACAAAAGGUGAACAAGAUGAUCGCCACGGGCCAGUACGGAAGGCUCUUCGCUGUGGUCCACUUUGCCAGCAAGCAGUGGAAAAUAACCAGUGAAGACUUGAUUAUGAUGGACAAUGUGCUGGAGGCUGAAUGUGGAGACCGAAUCCGGAUGGAAAAGGUUUUGCUGGUUGGUGCUGAUGACUUCACGCUUAUUGGAAGGCCACUCCUGGGGAAAAAUCUCGUCCGUGUGGAGGCUACUGUGAUUGAAAAGACGGAGUCAUGGCCAAAAAUCAACAUGCGCUUUCGGAAGAAGCACAACUAUCAAAGGAAGAAAAUCAUCAGGAACCCACAGACUGUCCUUCGGAUAAACACCAUUGAAAUUUUCCCCUGUUUGUCAUGAUUGAUCGGGUGGUAUUGUGUGGCUUAAGUUUAUUAUUGCUUUAGGCAAUUAUGGAAAUAAAACUGCCUUGUCAUUGGAAAGUUCUGGACUUCUUGCUGUUGUUGGAAAAUGGAAAUCUAUAUGUGCUUUCUUUUUAAAACAACAAAAUGAAGUAUUUUUUAAACUAUUA